UAAAAAAAGAAUAUUACAAAAAAAAUAAAAAUUCUACACCCCACUUUGAGGAAAAAAAUACAGGUUGGAAAGCUCCUCUCUCAGAUACGGUGACGGAGGCCGUGCACUGCCGUGGUUCUCCUUCUCCUCUCCCUUCAUUCACCUCGAAAUCUCCCAGAUAUAUAAACUUGUCAAAAAGCAGUAUGAGCAACGACAUUUUUGACGGACAGAUAUUAGCUGAGAAGUUGUCGAAACUCAACAACUCACAACAAAGCAUUGAAUCAUUGUCCCGUUGGUGCAUUCCUCACCAGACGAGAGCAAAGGAUAUAGUUGAAAUAUGGGAUAAAUGGUUCAAUGCAUCCCAGAAAGAGCAGCGUGUCUCUUUUUUGAACUUGGCUAACGACAUCCUGCAAAAUAGUAGGCGGAAAGGUAUUGAGUUUGUCAAUGAGUUUUGGAAAGUUCUUCCAGCAGCUCUCAGGUGUGUAUAUGAAAGUGGUGAUGUACAUGGAAGGAAAGCAGUGAACAGACUUAUUGACGUAUGGGAGGAGAGAAAGGUUUUUGGGUCGCGAAGUCAGGGUCUUAAAGAUGAACUGAUGAGUAAGAAUCCCCUUCCAUGCCCUGUAAGCAAUGGAAAAGGUUCAGAUUCUAUCAAGAUAAUGAAGAGGGAUGCCCACUCAGUGAGAAUAAAAUUGGCUGUUGGGUGUUUGCCAGAAAAAAUACUAACCGCAUUUCACUCUGUUCUUGAUGAACAUCUUAAUGAGGAAGCUGCCUUGAAUAAGUGUAAUGCUGGUGUACACGACAUGGUUAAACUCUUGGAUGAUGUUGAAAAUACACUGGCUCAAGGGAGCCAGCCAGGAUCCACUUUGGCGAAUGAAUUACGAGAGCGGGAAAAGGAGCUUAAGCAAUAUAUGGAGCAACUCGAAAAUGCAGAGGCUGCUAGAGAUUCUUUGCUUUCUCAGCUUAAAGAUGCACUGCAUGAACAAGAGUCAAAGCAAGAGCUUGUUCGUGCUCAGUUGCUAGUUGUACGAGGCCAGAUUGAGAAAACAACUGGUAUCAGGAAGUGGCUUAACCAAACAACAGAGGCUACACAUCCAUCAGUUCAACUAAACAGCACCACUUCUGAACCUACUUUUGCACAACCUUCCAUGUCAUUUUCUCCUUUCCAAACUCCUGAAGAAGAUAACAAGAAGGCGGCAGCAGCUGUUGCUGCUAAGCUUGCCGCCUCUUCAUCAUCUGCUCAGAUGCUUGCAUCUGUUCUUUCUUCUCUGGUGGCUGAAGAAGCGGCCUCCGUUAAUGGUAGUUUCAAUUCCAAGGGAUUUACAUCAGGAUUACCUAUGUUCAACCCAGAGAAAAGACCCAAAAUUGAAAAAUUACCGCCGGUUUCUGAUGUUAAUAUUUCUGAUAUGGCGAGCUCUUCCUUUUUCACCAAUUUGCAACAGCCAUUGUCAACAAAUCCGCAGCAUCCACCGUCAGCCAACAUGCAAACCAUGUCUCAAGCCAAUCAAUUACAUACUGCAUUUGUUUCAGCACCGCUUCCCCCUCAGUAUGUCCAACCAACUAGUUUCAUGGAUGGAGGAAUUCCUUACGGAUACAUGUCAAAUAAUCUACCACCUCCACCUCCACCUCCUUUUCCUCCACAUGCUGCAUCAGGGUUAUCAAUGCCCAGCACUCAACCAGUACAGCAGUCAUCGCCAGGAGGAUUUUACAGGCCACACGGCAUUGGAUUUUAUGGGCAAACCCACCCGUCAACCCCACCACCAGUUCAUAGGCAUUGAUUGAGCUUUGUUCAAAGACAAUCAGCCAACAUUGCGGCAAAAUCUUCGUAGGUUGCUCUUCUGAGAAGUUGCUGUAGGCUGAGGAUUUUCCUUGAGGCUGUAUAAUGAUGUAAAUUAUUAGAUAUAUAUAAAUCUGGUCAGAGCUCUUCUGUAUCCUUAAACACCCAUUCCUUUUUUUUGUGCUUACUACCUAAUUUUAAUGAAGCAUCACAACGUCCCUGUUAUGAUGCAUAUGAAUUCUUGUUUCCGUGAAGCUGCCUAUGGGGAAAACCAUAAGCAGCUGAUGAUAUUUACCUCUAGAUGACACCAUGCUCAUAGGAAGUUGAUGUUAUUCACCUCUAGAUGACACCAUGCUCAUAGUAUGCUUUUCUUUCUACAGUCCUGAGGUUGGCUGUAAAUGUAGAGUAGUACUAGUAUCUAUUGACAGAUGAAUAUAUGAUGUUGGUAUUUUAGUUUCCUGCUAGUGUCUGUAUGGCGGAUUUCAAGAGUCUUUAUUCGAGCAAAGGUUUCGGAUGAAAAACGCCUUACUUCCUAGACAAUACAUUUAUUUAUCUGCUCUUUUGAACUUCUGUUGAUGUUUUGUACCAUGAACAUGUCCAUAAUACUUGAUUAAACUGUCUUUUGGGAUA